GUGGAGCUGCUGUUUGGCGCCAUCUAGUGGCGCUGGAGACAAACACCAGGCUGAGGACUAAUGGAGGACAGACGGGUCUGAAUGAGACCUGGUUCUGGUUCUGGUUCUGGUUCUGUGACAGCCUUCCUGUAAGCGGCGCUGCGAACACACUCUCGGUGUUUAAGUCUGUUGUCUGACUGAGAGCUGGGAUCAGCGGCUGAGCUGACGUCACGGUUGAAGUCAUGUGAUUUCGCAACCCGGAAGAGAAGCGCUCGUCUUGUUCCCUCGGAAGUGGAGAGGCUCUGGACCCGGUCGGGGUCUUCGUGUGCGAGUCUGUUAAUCCUGCGGCAGGGUCACAUGUCGGAGGAUGGUCCAGGACCAGGACCAGAACCAGGACCAGAACCAGGACCAGAACCAGGACGAGAAGGACCAGCAGAGGCCCGGUCCACUGUCUGACUGAACUCUGAGGCGGAAGUAAAGUGGCGUUCUUUCAAAAUACAGACAUGAGCUCCUGUGUGCUGGAGGAGGAGACCUUCCACCGCUGCUGUCGGCUCCUCCUGCAGCUGUCGCAGCAGCUGGGAGACGGCUGGAGCUGGGAGCCGGUCCAGGGUUCACAGGAAGGCUACCUGAGGAAGACUGCUCUCAGGUCAGUCGUCAUUGACCCGAGGCCGGUUUGGGACCAGGAAGAAUCCAGUUCAGACUGUGGACAGGAAGAGGAACAGUCGGCUCCCGUCGCCUCAGCUGAUGCCGACACCAUCAGAUCUGACGCAGAGGACGAAGAUGACGAAGACGAGGGGGUCUGUGCGGCGUGUGACGGCGACAGCCAGGUGCUUCAGUACGAGUAUCACGUCCUGUUCUCCUGCAGCUACCGGACUCCGGUGCUCUACUUCAGAGCCUCCACUCUGGAGGGGAGGAGCCUGUCACUGGAGGAGGUGUGGGGCUCCGUUCAUCCAAACUUCAGGGUCCGGCUUCAGAGCAGUCCUCUCAGUACAGUCACUCAGCAGGAGCAUCCUCUGCUGGGUCAGCCUUUCUUCAUGCUCCACCCCUGCAGGACAGAGGAGUUCAUGAGGCCCGUGCUGCAGGCGGCUCAGGACCAGCACAGACCAGUGAACUACGUGUUGACGUGGCUCAGUGUGGUGGGUCCUGUGGUCGGUCUGGAAGUCCCCCUGCAGUACUCCACCCAGCUCCAUCCUGCAGCCUCUGUCUGCAUGGACCCGGCUGAUGAUGACCCGGCUGAUGAUGACCCGGCUGAUGAUGACCCGGCUGAUGAUGGACCCGACUGAUGAUGGACCCGGCUGAUGAUGGACCCGGCUGAUGAUGACCCGGCUGAUGAUGGACCCGGCUGAUGAUGACCCGGCUGAUGAUGACCCGGCUGAUGAUGACCCGGCUGAUGAUGACCCGGCUGAUGAUGACCCGGCUGUCUGGGCAGUGGAUGAGGUUAAACUACGUUAGUAACAACUGAAACAGUGAUAAAAAGCUCAGGUCGCUUCUGAUCUGGUGGCUGUUCCCAGACCUGCUGUCUCUGUAAUGAGCUGGACAUCAGGGACAGUAAGAGCUGUUAGCAUGAUGCUAAAUGUUUACUUCCUGUAUGUAUUUACAUAAACUGACAGUAAAUGACUUUGCCAACAGUCUGUUCGUGCUACAUGCACAGAGGCAGGAAGUGACGGUGUGACCUCCACUGUCUGAAGUCUCAGCAGCUCAACAUGGGCCGGUUUCACAAACAUAGACUUUGACUGUGGCUGAGACACAACAAAUAGUCAGACAGACAGUGAAUUCUGGGUAAAUUAGACUUUUUUUCAACAUAAAAACUUGAAUCUUCUCAUGGUUGUUUCCCUCCUUCACUCAGACUAGUUUCAGGCUGCACCCAGUUUAUCCAGAGUCUCAGGAAAUAUUUUGUUGAAUUUUGUAAUUUCUGUGUGAAGUCUUGAGUAAUGUCCCUGACCAUGACCUUUGACCUUCAGCCACCAAAUUCUAAUCAGUUCACCCUUGAUUCCUAGUAAAUGUUUGUGAUAAAUUUGAAGUCGUUACUGAGAUAUCGUGUCCAUGAGAAUGGGACGGAUUAAAAACCUGAUUUGGAAAAAAAUGGCCGCCGUCUCUAAAAGCUCUUUCCCUCUCUUUGCUCUCUCCAGAACAAUGUCAGCAAACCGCAAAUUAUGAGCCACGUUUUCUUUUCUUUUUUUGUUGUUGUUGGUUUCCACUGGUCAAUGCAGGUGUCACUGAUUGUUACCAUGGUAACACUGGUCUUAGACCUGAGUUAGCCUGGGAGGAAGGUGCCUACUGUCUUUGUUUUGGUGGAACGCUCUGACUGACAUCAGACUGAUCUGGACCAACACUACAGACCGGUCUGACAUCUCUGUGGAACCGGACCCUGGUUUGACUGAUGCCCUGGUCGGACCUCUGUGUCUCUGCAGGUGACAUCAUAAAGAGACGGUCUGAUUCUGGUCUGUAUGAAACGUGUCCUGACACGACGUCUGUUGACUCUGUGUCGUAUGAAUAAAUGUGACUCUAAUAAUCAGAGAAACUCAGGCAGAGCUGCACUGAUCUUCUUCUCACUGAAACACAGUCACACAGAGACAUUCAGGACUCGUCCGUCCAGAUGGACUGAGUCCACCUGUGGAUGAUGGACUGUGUGUUUACGUCCCGGGGAAAGAUGCACUAACGCUGCGGUUGUGACCAAAGACUUCACCUGAACUCGAGCGGGAAACACUGUGCACCUGGUGGCUGCUGCUCUGACCCGUGUUUGUCUCUUCUAUGUUGCACUGAGCAUCAACAGUAUGAACGAAUGCAAAUAAACCUGAACCUGAACAUGA